AUGCCAUCCCCAGCAGCGCCACCUCCCCCGCCGCCGCCACCCUCUCCGACCUCGCCGCCGCCACUGCCGCCGCCGCCGCCCGACCCGAUGCCGCCACCCUCACCGCUACCGCCGCCGCCACGACCGUCGUCGCCGCCGCCCUCGUCGCCUCCUCAACCUCCGCCGCCGCCACCCUCCCCUCCGCCGCCGCCGCCGCCCUCGCCGCCGCCCUCGCCACCGCUGCCAUUGCCACCGCCGCCGCCACCCUCGCCGCCGCCGCCACCAUCACCACCUCCGCCGCCGCCGCCGCCACCAACACCACCUCCGCCGCCGCCGCCGCCUUCCCCACCGCCACCAUCGCCUCCUCCGCCGCCGCCGCCCUCCGCACCGCCACCCACGCCUCUGCCGCCGCCGCCGCCCUCCCCGCCGCCGCCGUCGUCGCCGCCGCCGCCGCCGCCGCCACUCACCCCCCCUCCUCCGCCGCCGCCUCCUUUCCCACCGGCGCUCCCUCCGAUGCCGCCCGCUCUGCCGCCCCCCUCGCCGCCCUCGCCGCCGCCUUCACCCCCACCACUGACACCCCCACCCUCUUCGACAUCGACCUCGUCACCGCCGUAG